GAGGGUUGUAGGCUCAUUAACGUACUCUCACGAAAAGAAAGCCACCGUGAAUACCCAAUAAUUUCUUUUGUAGAUUGUUAAUACACAAUUGGUUUAUCCGCCUCGACUGCCCCGCCGUCCGCAGUCAUCAUGCACGCCCUCGUGCCCGGGCGCUUUCCCGCCCUUUUAUCCCGUGUGCCCUCGAUGUUCUCGUCUCAUAAUACCAUUUAUAGUCCAGCUUGAUCAUCAUUUAUGUGCACACCGUUUGACUCCUCCCCGACCCAUUCAUUCAAUUUCACCUAUCAUCCUGAAAUUCAAUAAUUACUACGUUCACAAUGGCUUUACCUUCUGCGGGGCAAACAUUUCCCACAGCCUUAUCGCGGGAUGCGGAUUCUUGGUUGUACAACACUGAAUUCUUGGGUGUAUCACAAGUUUUCUCAAACGAUCUGGAUGAUUUGAUGCAGGAUGUACCUAAUCUUGCAUUUUCUAAUGAUCCGAUUGAGUCGGGCACAGGGUUCACUCCUCAUUUCGUACAUGAUCUUCAUGCUACUCAACUUGAACCGGGCCAGGGCUCAUUUCAAGCAUUGGUUCCUGCUCAAGCGCCCCUCAACCAUGUGUCGAGUUUCAAUAAGGAAGCGAAUUCUAAAUCUAGUACAUCCACAACUGUCACAGAUACCUACUUGUUUAGUGCUACAAAUCGAGUUAAGGGGUCUGCUCGCAUAGGUAAAGCCAAAAAGUAUUCAAGAGGCGCUAGUGCCUCUAGUAUCAGAAAACGAACCAGACAACGGAAGGCACAUCUGUUAAAAGGAUUUGCUCUACUUGAGAAGGCAAGGGAGGCCCUGAAACCUUACUCUGAAUUGCCCAGAAACUUCGCCAUUUUACUCGAAUCUUCAUUUAGUCAGUUGGAAAAGAUUGUCGAAGAGGCCAUCUGCUCAGAUGACAUGUCUGAUUCGUCUUCAACUCCAGAAUCAUCGAAUUCGGAGAUGGACUCGGCAUAUGAAUCAAUCUCCGACGUUUCACUGUCGGAAAUCACAAACUCUGUGCAUGAGGAACAGAACAUUAAUUUCGAAAGGCAAACUACUGAGCCUACACCAUCCAGUAUUCACGAUUCAGAAGUUAGCCAGGGGGAAGAGACACCUAGACCGGUCCAGCCUUCAUCGCCUACUUAUCAAUGUACAUACGGAUCUAGAGGUGAACGAUGUCAACAUUCUACAAGCAGAAAGUCCGAUUGGAUUCGACACGAAGAAUCUGAGAAACAUUGGCCUCAGAAGCGUUAUAUGUGCAUGCUCUGCGCUGAACCAACAUCGGACGAAGAUCGGAAUCCUUGUUGCACUUACUGCCUUUUAGCAUUCUCCUCAAAUGUAGAAGUGUAUAGCCAUAGCUUGAAUUGUACCGAAGCAAGGAGGAAAGGCAAAACGUUCACAGGAGCAAAGACGGAUCACUUUCAGGCCCAUUUGGUUGAAGUUCAUCACUGUUCUGGACUUGACGAGAUCUCUGCAGCUUGGACAUACAACCAUACCACAAAAUGGCCAAGAUACUGUGGCUUUUGCACAUACCACUUCAAAGAUUGGGAAGAGAGAAAACAUCAUGUUGCCGAUCAUUUCAAAAGAGGUGCUGACAUCUCAGAUUGGAAUCCCGCAUUGCACAACCCCCGACGAAAAUCCGCGGAUAAGCCAGACUUCUCACCAAGAAGCGACGAUGAUGAUGAUGAUGAUGACGAUAACGACAACGAUAAUUGGCACCAACAUGGCAGAGGAAGGUAUGCUACAGAAGAAGCUACGCAAAGCGCCUACACCACGGUUAGCAGUGAAAUGAACUGUUUUUACCCCCUAUCAAACGAUAGCUACCUGGACUGGGGUAACAAUGUAGUGGGAUGGAGCCAGUAUAAUCUUGAUUCGAAGGAACGUUACUCGAAUUCACUUAUGAGCCGCGUCAACAUCCCUCGGAAAAGUCGACAGGGGAUGAAACGAAAACAUUCUGACUAUGGCGCCUAUGAACCCGAAUUCAUUAGCGACUCAUAUUCUACUGACCAUGCUUUAAGCUACAACUCAACCAAAACAGUGUUGAUGCACUUCCAAGGCACCGCAUCUGCGGCAGCGGCCCAAACGGGCAAAUGGACCACUUACAGCUACCAUCAUUCUCAACUUCUUCCUAACAGUAAUGCAACUAUCUCCUACAUAGAUGGAUCUGACGCUACGUCUUGGAUUUAUCCGCCGAAAUCUACUACGGCCCUUGAGACAGUCAAUGAUGCGUACGUGAGAAGAGAUGAUAGAUCGCAUCACAGAAUAAGUCCGGAAAACUUUAGAAUCAAGAGGGCACUUCCGAGAGUCAUACAUAAUUCAGAAAGUCAUAGAAGUCAUCGAGAGUAUGACAACUCUUAUUCCCAUUCAAGUUGUUCAAGAGAGCUUGGGCAACGUUUUGCCUGGAAACAACAUCGGCUAAACGUGAAUGCCAACGGAGACAGAAAGCCUCGCUUUGAAUGCAGCUGCUGUAAACGCUGUACUGAAUGUUUCACCGGCAAAGAUAAUAUUAGUGGCCAUUACAUAUCCGCUCAAAUACAACAUUUUAAAGACCAUCUGAAAUCUCACCAUCAAACAAUGGUUGGAGUUGGAAAACUUCUGCUUUCUGUAACAAAAAACUCAAGGUUUGAUAAUCAUCAACUCAAGCUUGAUCCUCAUGUCCGAGCCAAAGAAUUGAAGUUAGAAUUGAAGUUGUGGUCUGAUCAAUUUUAUCUCCCUCCCGGGAAGUGUGGAGAUGAAAGUUUUCUUGAAUGUUCCUACAAAAUCUCUUGGGGAGAUAUUGGAAGUUAUAUUUUUGAUCCUCCUAAUUGCUUUUCGAGCAAAAAACAGACUUGUGGACCAGGACAACGAUUGCAGGAGCAUUUCUCUGGAGAUAAGUGCUGUCGGAAUCACAAUAGGGCGAUUUGGCAUUUCUUUGAAGAGAAGUGUUGUCGGAAGCACAAUAGUGCCAUUGGACAUUCCUGCAAAAGAAACUUCAAUUGCCCUAAACACCAAGGAUUUAAAGAUCAACGUGGAUUGGGCCCCAACAUUUUUCUUUGGGAUUGUGCGAGAUCAUCUGGGGUUACCGAAGAGCAAUUGACUUGGAUCAUCCAACCGAAUUUCAAGCCUUUCGGUAUCACAUCAAACCGACCAAGAUAUCAAAAGGCGAAAUCAGAGUUUCCACAGUCGGUGGCACUUGAAAGAUAUCUUUCUGAUUACAACCGGUCCGAACACCUGGCGUACCUAGCUUCCCGUCGUAUUAGUUGUGAUGCAAGCGACGGUUCGAAUGCAUCGAUUGAAACUCUCAGCUUCACAUGUAGCGGAGCAACUCUCUCUGUGCAAGUUAAACAAGGAAAAUGGUGCUGUUUGUUCAGAUUGCCUAAAGAAUUGAACGUAGGACUUACAGUUGACGAUCUGCGAGCAACAUUCGAUGGCCAAGAUGUGGAUACGCAUUAGCUUUUAGGGGGCGUAAGAAACUUCAAGUUGGUUCUUACCACCUUUCCUGUUGACAUUAGCACAGCUGUACCGGAAGAUAGCAGUAAGGAUGUAGGAAAUUUAGAGUGAUAAACCAUUCUGGCAGUCGGCUUAUCAAAAUUCGGUUUCGGACGUUGUUUGAAGGAUACCAUGAGCAUAGGUGUUGGAUUUUAUUAGGAGUCAACGGGCAUAUUUCAUGAUGAUGGAAUUAGAAGUCCUUUUGUUUAAUGCGGGAACAUUUUAUGAACAAACUGGGAAUUAGAGCAAGAAUUUAGCAUGGUGUUAAAGGGGUUAAGUAUACUGCAGAGGAGUACAUUUGAUAUUAAUCAAAAGAAAAUUCUAGAACAUCAAGAAAUGAACA